AUGGCCAAGGGUACCGUAGACUGGAACAGCGCCGAAGCCUGGGAGCGUGCGGUGGCGUGUCUGAUCGCGACCGGAGCCAAGAUCGACUAUCGUGCCGCCGCCUUGCAUUUCGGCUGCACAUACGACACACUCGAGAACCGUUUCCGCAAGACCAAGAAGCUGGCCCUCGAGCUUAAGGGCGAGGUCGAGCGAGGCGAACGUGAUGCUACUGCAGGAGGACGCAAGUCUGCGCCCGCCACUCCGCGCAAGCCAAAGACUCCCAAGAAGGAUGCUCUGACUACCGUCACCCAAGGUCGAGUCGCCAAGAGCAGCACUCCAAAGUCCAACAAGAAGGCCGGCGUCAAGCAGGAAAUGAUGGAGGAGGAGGAUGCCGCCAUGGCGAGCUUCGACCAUACCCUCACUGGCGACGCCUUGCCCCACGACACCAAUUACGAGUUCAACUUCGACACCGGCAUGGACCACCAGGCCAACGGCUUCGACGACUUGCUUUGA